GCAGAAGGGUAAGAUUUGGAUAUGCAAGCAAUAAAAGUGAACAAGACCAUCAUGAUGAUUGGUGCAACCGGAGCAGGCAAGACAACACUCAUCAACGGUAUGAUCAACUACAUCCUUGGCGUGGAAUGGACCGAUAACUUCAGGUUUGUCCUAAUUGAUGAGCAAACACAGAAGUCUCAAGCGGAAAGCCAGACUUCAGCUGUCACGGCUUAUGAAAUUAAUCAUAUGGAGGGGUUCAAGGUCCCAUAUUCUCUCACCAUUGUGGACACGCCAGGGUUUGGGGACACGAGAGGAAUCAAACACGAUCAAAGGAUCACCGGACUGAUCCGUGACUUUUUUUCUCAACCCGGAGGUAUUGACCAUAUUGACGCCAUAUGCUUUGUAACACAAGCUUCUCUUGCUCGCCUGACUCACACACAGCGUUAUGUUUUUGAUUCAAUCCUGUCGAUUUUUGGCAAGGAUAUUGCAGACAACAUCAUGAUGUUGGUCACAUUUGCUGAUGGACAGAAGCCCCCUGUUUUGGAAGCAAUUAAGGUGUCUCAGAUUCCUUGUUCUGUGAAUGAAAAUGGCGAGCCCAUGUACUUCAAAUUUAAUAAUUCUGCCCUCUUUGUGGACAAUUCAAGGCCCAAUGGGGCAAAUAAAAAUGAGUUUGAAUGUGAUGAUUUUGACCACAUGUUCUGGAAGAUGGGCUCAUAUAGUUUAAAUAAUUUUUUUAAGUCUCUCCCCAACUUCAGCCCUAAAAGUUUGGUCUUAACCCAAGAGGUCCUCAAAGAACGACAGGAGCUUGAGGUCGCCAUCGAAGGCUUGCAGCCCCAAAUUAAUGCAGGCCUGACAAAGAUCGAUGAAAUCAAGAAGACCAAAAAUGCCCUCGAGCAGCACAAAGCAGAAAUGGAAGCAAAUAAAGACUUUGAGUAUGAAAUUGAUGUCACAAAUCCGGUGCAGGAACUGAAUACAAGUGGUAUGUACUUGACCAAUUGUCAAAACUGUAACUUCACGUGCCAUGAUAGCUGUGUAUAUGCAAAUGACAAAGACAAAACAAGUGUUGUGCUAUGGAUAAAAAAGGUUACUGCAAAGUGUGUCCUGGAAAAUGUGUCUGGAAUGUUCACUUCAACCAGAAGUACAAAUGGACGUAUGUGACAACAAAGGAAAAGAGAACUU